AUGCCAUCUUCUUCUGCUGCCUUCCCCACAGACACCCAGUGGACCGCCCAUUUUGACACUGUACGGAGAGAGACGCUCUUUAAACAUCCCCCAAAGGACCAUACACCCUAUCCUGCACUUGCAGAGGCAAUUCAUCCUCACAUCAAUUCCUUCAACGCGCUCUUCGAUGAAAGCAAGCUUCUCGAGGCUGGCUUGAAGGACAUCGGAGCCAAGAGCUUCCUGGAUGGCGAACAGGAGACACCACAGCAGAGGGCGCAGAGGCUCGAGGAUGGAAGAUCACGCGAGACGAGGAAUAGCUUCAGUGUCAGAAUACGAGAACUCUUUCUGGACAAAGCUGUACUUCCUCCGACCAACAAAUUCAGCACCAAGAAUCGAGAUAUAUACCCUGCCGAGUGCAGGGAAAGACACGCGACUUACCGAGGCAAGCUAAGAGCACGGGUGGAGUAUAGACUGAACGGAGGCGAAUGGCAGGAUACGAUUAGAGACAUGGGUCAAAUCCCUGUAAUGCUCAAGACGAACCGAUGCCACCUCGAAAACAAUACCCCGGCGCAAUUGGUCCAGCAUAAAGAAGAGUCCGAAGAACUUGGAGGCUACUUUAUCGUGAAUGGCAUCGAAAAGCUCAUACGGAUGCUAAUCGUGUCGCGGCGCAACUAUCCAAUGGCUAUCGUUCGUGGUUCUUUCGUCAACAGGGGAUCAACGUACACCAAGUACGGCAUGCAGAUUAGAUCUGUACGUCCGGAUCAGACAUCUCAGACCAACGUGCUCCAUUAUCUCAACGACGGUAAUGUCACAUUUCGUUUCUCAUGGCGGAAGAAUGAAUAUCUGGUUCCGGUGAUGAUGAUCUUGAAGGCUUUGGUCGAGACGAAUGAUCGUGAAAUUUUCGAAGGACUCAUCGGUGUCGCUGGGUCACCAGGCACCGAUAAAACAUUUAUGACUGAACGAGUGGAGCUACUGCUUCGGACUUACAAAGCCUACAACCUCAAUGGAAAGGCGAAGACACGCUCAUAUUUGGGAGAAAAAUUUAAGCCAGUACUCGGUGUGCCUGAUGACAUAUCAGAUCAGGAUGCCGGAUCUGAGUUCCUGCGCAAAAUUGUUCUUGUGCACCUAGGUAAUGUUGAUGUUACCGAAUCUCAGCACAGCGACAAGUUUAAGAUGCUGCUUUUCAUGAUUCGAAAGUUGUAUAGCCUCGUUGCUGGCGAAUGUGCAGUCGAUAAUCCGGACGCAGUAUCUAGUCAAGAAAUUCUCCUGCCUGGCUUUCUCUAUGGCAUGGUUAUCAAAGAGAAACUUGAUGAUUGGCUAAGAUCCAUACAAAGCGCUUGUCUGGAGUGGUCAUUAAAGAACAACAAGGCUAAAUUCACAGAUCCCAAUUUUCUCAAAGACUUUCCCAUCAAGAUUCUGAAAAGGACCAACGAGAAUCUUGGAGGUCUCCUUGAGUAUUUCCUCUCAACAGGCAAUCUAAUUAGUCCUACUGGUCUCGAUCUACAACAGACGUCAGGUUUCACGGUCGUUGCCGAAAAGAUAAAUUUUUACAGGUUCAUCAGUCAUUUUCGGAUGGUACACAGAGGAAGUUUCUUUGCUCGAUUGAAAACCACGACAGUACGCAAGCUACUGCCUGAAAGCUGGGGGUUUUUAUGUCCAGUGCAUACACCAGAUGGAAGCCCUUGUGGAUUACUGAACCACUUAGCACACAAGUGCAAAAUUACCACAUACGAUCUUGAUGUCUCUGCAAUACCUCGGCUUCUGGCUCAAUUGGGAGUUUCUGAUGAUUCUUCCGCUUCCGUGGAAGACAGAGUCGUUGUUCAGCUUGAUGGCCGCAUCCUUGGCUUCUGCACGCCAAAGCAAGCCCAUAUUAUCGGCGAUAGUCUCCGGUACUGGAAGGUUGAGGGUAGUCAUGGCGUUCCCAAAGAAAUCGAAGUAGGGUAUGUACCAAACGCGAUCGGUGGUCAGUAUCCUGGUGUAUACAUCUUUUCUCAAGCGGCGCGGAUGAUUCGGCCUGUCAAAUAUCUUCCACUGGACAAAUAUGAUUAUAUUGGCCCUUUCGAGCAGCCCUUCAUGUCAGUAGCUUGUACGGAAAAGGAGAUCGAAUCUGGGGAAUCCAGUCACGUCGAGUACGAUCCUACCAACAUCCUUUCUAUCGUCGCUAAUCAGACACCUUUCUCGGAUUUCAACCAAUCUCCCCGCAACAUGUACCAGUGCCAAAUGGGCAAGCAAGCCAUGGGGACUCCCGGAACCUCCAUUCGCUACCGCACUGACAACAAGACUUACCGUCUCCAGACUGGCCAAACACCUGUUGUUCGUCCGCCUCUGUACAAUGAAUAUGGUCUGGACAAUUAUCCGAAUGGCAUGAAUGCUGUAGUGGCUGUCAUUUCAUACACAGGCUACGACAUGGACGACGCUAUGAUUCUGUCCAAAUCUGCCCACGAACGCGGCUUCGGCCAUGGCACAAUCUACAAAACCAAGAUCAUCCGACUGGAAGAAAACGAAAGAGGAAAUAGAAGCCGGGUCAAAUCCGCGAGAACCACCACCAAGCUUUUCGGUUUUGCCCCGAACAGCCAAAUCUCAGCCUCCACACGGAGCAAGCUUGACUCAGACGGUCUUCCCUACAUAGGCGCCAAAAUCAAUGAAGGCGACCCCCUAUGUGCUUCACAUACAGUAACCUUUGACCCUACCAAAACAACGUCAACGCCUUACAUUAAUCGUGACGGCAUCAACACCCUCCACAAAUACAAAGACUCCGAAACCGCCUACAUCGAAGAAGUCCGCGUACUCGGCAGCGAGACGGGGUCCGAACCCUGCCAAGCUUUGAGCAUCAAACUCCGUAUACCGCGCUCGCCCAUUAUCGGCGACAAGUUCUCCUCUCGUCAUGGCCAAAAAGGUGUAUGCUCACAAAAAUGGCCCGCAAUUGAUAUGCCCUUCAGCGAAUCAGGCAUUAUACCCGACAUCAUCAUCAAUCCGCACGCUUUCCCCUCCCGCAUGACCAUAGGCAUGUUCAUCGAGUCUCUGGCUGGGAAAGCCGGUGCUCUCCACGGGUUUGCGCAAGAUUCUUCACCAUGGCGCUUCUCAGAGCAAGAUACAGCUGGCGAUUAUUUUGGCGAGCAACUCCGUCUAGCAGGGUACAAUUACCACGGCAAUGAGCCCAUGUACUCUGGCAUUACCGGGCGUGAAUUCGCUGCGGACAUUUACUUGGGAGUUGUCUUUUAUCAGCGCUUACGGCACAUGGUGAACGAUAAGUUCCAAGUCAGGACUACCGGCCCCGUGACGUCGCUGACGGGCCAACCUAUCAAGGGAAGAGCAAAGGGAGGAGGAAUAAGGGUCGGAGAGAUGGAAAGAGAUGCAUUGUUGGCGCAUGGGUGUGCAUUCUUAUUGCAGGAUCGGCUGAUGGGAUGUAGUGAUUACAGAAGGGAGUGGGUCUGCAGAGGUUGUGGGAGCUUCUUAAGCACACAGCCGACGGUUUGGGGAAGUGGUAUGGGAAAGAGGGGAAGGGGGACCGGGGUCGUGAGAUGUAGGAGGUGCGCAAAGAGGGUGGAAGAUGUGCUUGAAGAGGGAAAUGAAGUAGGGGUAGGGGAAGAGUGGGAGGACGGCGCGGGAGGCAAAUGGGUCGGCGGCGAGGAUACGACGAUCGUUGCAAUACCUGGCGUCUUGAGGUAUCUGGAUGUGGAAUUGAGCGCCAUGGGUGUGAAGAUGAGAUUCAAUGUUGGACCUUGA